AUGGCAUCCCCAGGCCUUGCCGUCGACCGCAUUCCGCCCAGUACAGCUUCUUACAUCUUCGCGACCGCGAUUCUCGCUGGCGUGACGGGCUACUUCAUCGGCCAAGGCAGCUCUCUUAACAUUUUCCGAUCGCCGCCAAACGUCGACGACGAGUCGGACUUGGAAGACGAAGAGGAAGAUGAUGAUGAAGAAGAAGAGGAUGACACAGCCGAACUGGCCACGUUUGAAGGAAAUCACGAUGAAGUGAAGCUUGUGCUUGUGGUGCGCACGGAUUUGGGCAUGGGCAAAGGCAAAAUCGCCGCGCAAUGCUCCCACGCAACCCUCGCAUGCUACAAAUACUACCUCUCCAAAUCGCCCAACUCGCCCAUUCUCAAACGCUGGGAGCGUGGUGGCCAGGCCAAGGUUGCGUUGCAGGUGAAAACAGAGGAAGACAUGCUGCUGCUGCAAGCCCAAGCUAUCAGCCUGGGUCUCUGCGCGCGCGUGAUUCAAGAUGCUGGACGCACGCAGAUUGCCAGUGGCAGCAGGACGGUUCUCGGUGUGUUGGGGCCGAAGAGUAUGGUUGAUCAGGUUACGGGGCAGUUGAAGCUGCUGUAA